AUGUAUGUUGACAUUAGCGAAUGGUCCAUGAUCGUUGAUAAGCGUAACUAUACAAUCAAGAACAUUGUUCGCCAAGACAACGAAUCCUCAUUGGUUGAAUUGGUGAAUCAUGCUCGCAGUCAAACAUUCUUCUGCACUGUGACUAAAAACCAACAAAUAUUUGAGAACAUGACAAAAGCCCUCAACUUAGUUCAUCAUAAGAACAUCAUUAAGAUGUAUGAGUCCUUCACAGAGAACGGAAAUUAUUUCAUAGUACACAAUACUUAUUCGACAAAGAACUUAGAACAGAUCUGCCCAUUACCAAAAGAAGAGGUUUGUAUGUAUUCUCUUCAGAUCCUCAGCGCUAUAGAAGCCCUUCAUAAUGCUGGUAUAUACAUAUCAAAUUUGAAUCCAAAGAAUAUCUACUUCGAUAGAUUCGGCCUUGUCAAGAUUGUUGAUUUCAAGGAUUGCUUUUUAAUGCCAAAAAGAUUCUGCUCAAAAUUCGCAGUUACAACACCAAGACCAGCUCCAGAACUCGUCGAGCAGACCCCAUAUAACCCACGUUCAGCCGAUUUGUGGAACUUCGGAAUCGUUUUAUUCUUCCUCGUAAAUGGAAGAUAUCCAUUCCACGAAUGCAAGAAUAUCGACACAUACAAAACAGAGAUUCAAGAUUUAUUAAAGCUUCUUGACUCAAAUGAAGAGAUGCUUCAUCGCGAUGCCAUCAAGGGUUUAUUACAGCUCGACCCAUUUGACAGACCAAAACUUGAAGACGUAAACAGAUGCUUCGGUUUGAGAAAAGUUCAGCUUCCGAAAGGAACCUUAGAACUCAAUCGUUCUUCAAGUUACCUUCCUCUUCAUUGCCGCUCGAAAUCCAGACCAAUACACCUCAUGAGCUAUGCAGAUGUUAAGUCUUUCUAUCACUCAAUAUAA